GACUCCACAGUGUCGCCUUGGCUGUCGAGGGGAGGGUGUACUGUGGUUCUCCUGUGCGAACACUAAGAGUGGUGGGCAGGUUACUCUCUCCACCAGGUCAUGUUACUCUUACCAUUGUCAUCUCCGCUACCACUUGUCACUUAAUGCUGCCCCUGUCAUCCCCGGAAUACACUCUUUUAUCCUAGCAUGAAUAAUAUAUCGUGUUGAAUUUUGCACCCGCGUCUCCACUGUAGGAGACUAUUUAUUUGUGAAUUCUGUAUGUGCUUCUGGGGUACAUAGUGAAGAUGUCACAUAGGGAGUGUGUGUGUGAGGUGUGUAGUGUAGAGUAGAGUAGCAGACGACCUGGUGGCACCCAGCCCGCCCUACUUCUGCUUCUUGUUAUUCAUUGAUCAGUACUACCAUGGAAGCUAGAAGUCCGAGAGGAAGCCUGGGGUGUGCGAGGAGUGGCAGCAGCAGUAGUGAGAAACACACACUGAGGAGGGUGCCAGUGCCAGACACACUAUGCCACCCACCACACAACCAAAACAAACCCUCCAGCCUCAGUAGGGGCGUAUACACCACGCGCAGGCAGCUGUCGACCUUAUGUCCCCGGGAAGGGCUCCAUGUACCGUCUAUCCUCGUUCUGGUGACGGUGGUGACGAGCCUGCUAGUGCCAGGGGCAUGGGGGCACCCUCUCGGUGCCAGUGGGCACGUCUGGCAGCCAUGGGACUCCAGAGAGAAGAGAGAGAUCAUCAGUGAUGACACACAACACUACCUGAUGCAGUACGGGUACCUGCCUGCCUCAGACAAGGAGACAGGGAACCUUCGCACAGAAGACCAGCUCAGGGACGCCAUCCGUACCAUGCAGAGAUUCGGGCACAUACCCAUCACUGGUAGACUGGACGAGGCUACCAGAGCACUGAUGAAGAGGCCUCGCUGUUCCCUCCCAGACGUCCUGCCCUCAGACUCACCCAGCAGGACCAAGCGAUUUGUUAAGCAGGGCAAGCGCUGGGACAGGUUCAACAUCACCUGGGGGAUCAGAGCUUACCCCACCAGGAUCAAAGAUAAGACAGGACGGAGGGAAGAUCUUACUCGCUGGGAGAUACAGAGAGAAAUAAGACUGGCAACGGAGGUUUGGGAUAGAGCGUCUCGACUUGUAUUUUUCGAACUUCAACACAACCCAGAAGAAGCAGACAUCAUCAUUGACUUUAAAACGGGCUAUCAUGGGGAUGGAUAUCCUUUUGAUGGGCCAGGACGCACCCUAGCUCAUGCUUUCUACCCUGGCCGGGGUAUUGGUGGAGAUAUGCAUUUUGAUGACCAAGAACCCUGGGUACAACACAAGGACUCCAACAAUACAUGGGAUCGAGUGAGUCUCUUCAUAACAGCAGCUCAUGAACUUGGUCAUGCACUGGGUCUGUAUCAUUCUGAUGUUGAAGGUGCUCUCAUGAGUCCUUACCUCAUCAAGUUCCCCAUCACCUUCCGCUUACCUGAGGAUGAUGUCAGAGGCAUUCAGGAGUUGUAUGGUGUGGAUGAGAACUGGAGUGAAGAAAUGUAUCCCGAACCAACCUCUCCUCCAACAACUCGACCUGCUCCUACCAAACCUCCGGUUACUAAGAAACCAAUUCAUCCACCUAAGACAACAGAUAAGCCAGACACAUGUGACACUAAUUAUGAUGCUAUAUCUGUGAUAAGAAGAGAAAUAUAUAUUUUUAAGGGAAAGUACUUCUGGCGGUUAGAUUCUGCAGGAAAUCUGAGGCCAAAUUAUCCUGCAGAAAUUUCACGAUUCUGGGCAAUGCUUCCUAAAAACAUCACUCAUAUUGAUGCUGUAUAUGAAAGAACCCAUGAUGCUAAUAUUGUGUUCUUUAUUGGAGAUAAAUUCUAUGUUUGUCAAGGAAAUCACCAGCUGCUGAAGAUUGGGAGAUUAAAAAAUCUGGGGUUACCUGAGGAUCUCAAGAAAAUAGAUGCAGCCUUUGUCUGGGGAUACAAUGGCCGAACCUAUUUGUUUGCAGACACGAUGUACUGGAGAUUUGAUGAAACUGUGCAGCAUGUUGAGUUAGACUAUCCCCGAGCCAUGGACAUGUGGAGAGGUGUUCCUUAUGGCAUUGAUGCUGCUUUCAAGUUUAAUGGUACAACAUACUUCUUCCAAGGCAAAGUGUUUUGGGAAUUUGAUGACUUUCGAAUGAAAGUGAAGCCCAAGUCUCCUGCCUUAUCUGCACCAUUCUGGCUUGGUUGCCCAAAUGUUGAAAAUCCCUACUAUAUGGAGGCCUCAGUCAGUGACAAAGUUUCAGGAGCUGCAGCUUCCCAGCACAGAGUAACAGCCCAUGUUGCAUCAGCAUUACUCUUUUGUGCUCUCUCUUCUUUAAGCACUGCUCAUUUAUGAAGUACUCAAUAGCUAUAAAAGUUUAUCAGAAUUUACAAGCCCCAUAGAUUUCUCUACCAAGUCAUUAUUUUUUUUUUUUUGCCACUUCAGUUUCUGACAUCUUGAGUUAUUACAGUACUAUUCAUGAGCCUACUGGCCAUCUCCCACCAAGGUAAGGUGACCAAAAAAAUGGGAAGUUCAUUCACAUCAUUCAUUCAAUAGCUGUCUAACUAGAAGUGUGCAGACAUCAUAAUUCAAGUAACCCUCCUAACUGCAGCAUCCCUAUUCAUCCAUCAGAAUGCAGACAUUAAGCCAUAUUUUUUAUAUUCAUCAGAGAAUCACUAAAGCUGAAUAGGAGGCAUUCAGAUUCGAUCCAAGGAAGGGGAUUGUUUUGUUGUUGGGGAGUGCUAAAACUGUAGUCAUUCAGCACCCUAGGAAAUGGGAGGAAAUCAUGCUCAAUUAGAAGAGAAGGGCAGGUCCAGUUCAUUGAUCAGAACUUGCUCACCGAUGUCAUGGAAGCUUCAUUUGGGGUGGAAGAUGAGGAUAAAUCCAGGUCCUGGGAACUCACACCUCACUGGCAUUAAAGCAUCUCUCAAGGGGACUGAAGCUAUAUUAUUUUGUUAUUUUCUCCAUAUUUCAUUUUUCCCUUAAAUUUAUGAUACAGUAAUUAGUAAUAGAAUGUACUUCAUAAUUAUAAUAUAUUAUCAACUCUUCCAGUCCCCUCCACUCAUGAGAAACUCAUUAAUUCAACAUGGAGGUAAAAGCGUAUACGGUAAUUACAUUAUUUAAUUAACAAAUAUUAAUUUUAAGAAAAUUCAAUGAUACUUUACAACAUCUAAUGUAUACUCUUCAAAAUUCCUAAGCUUAUGAUCUUAAUGAUCAUUGUCACUCUUGAAUAUAAACUUUAGCCUUUCUUCAUUGUUGUUGCAUUUAUGGCUUGGUGUGCAAGAGCUUGACUGUUUUGAGCAAAUUAAAGGCUUUAAAUAAUUUGAAGUGGCUUGAAAUUGAGAAUUUUAAGAAUUUCAGCAUUCGAAGCAUAUAUUCAUGGGAAGUGCUAAAGUGUAGGAGUUAUGCAGUGCCUGGGAGAUGGGAGGUUAUCAGGUUUGAUCAAAGGAAGGGUAGCUCUAGUGCCUUGGAUCUGGAGCCCUUCAGUUAUUAAAGGUAAUUCAAGCAAAUGCUUAUGCUGUACUCUGUUUUUACUCGUUAAAAUUUAUAUAAUGUAAGAGGGUAAAGGACAUUUUUAGAUUGUUUUAUAUAAUUGUGCAUUGAGAGAUAUAUUGGGAUAAAUGAAUACCUUUUUUGUUGUUUUACUUUGAUUUUGCAGUAGAGGAAAAUAUACAGGAUUUUUUUUUAGUGUUCAGAAAGACUGUUUUGGUAUUGAGGAAUUACACACGUGCAACACCUGGGUAUCGUUAUUUGAAGAUGUUUCACCAGCCAGUGAAUUUUUUCAGUUCUCUACAUAGAUGGUACAUGAAGACAGUUGAAAAUAAGGCAGUCCCCCCCAGCCUUGAGGAAGAUAAGGUAAUCAGUGCUACAUCCUGGAAGUUUGUGUUAAAUACCUUAGUCUUAGUGAAUUCAGACAUUAGCUUAGAGAUGAAUUACUUUGUCUUCUGUCUUCAUAUAUCAUCUUUAUGUUGAAUUGAAAAAGCCACUGGUUAAUGAAAUGUCUUCAGAUAUUGAUACUCAGAUGCUGCAUGUGUUUAAAUCCUCAUCCUGUAGGUAUUAUAUACUAUUAUUUAAAUAUUUUGGUACUGGAUACAAUCUCCAUUUAUUUUUUAUUAGGGUUCUUUGCUAUGGAGGCCCAUUAUUUACUAAUGUCGUCUUGUCAUCAUCACCCAGUUAUUAUUACAGUCACUGUCAUUAGUCAUUGUCUUCACUUUCCUAGGGUGAAGAGACAUUUGGCCAGGAAAAGACAGAACAGAAAGAUAGGAUAAGAGAUUAAAAAUAUUUAGUGACACCCGUCCUUUCACACUAAUUGCCACACUCGGUAGCAUCGUAUAUGUGGUGUUAGUGUGGCAGAGUUCUGUAUAUGCUAAGUAGAGAAAGAAUCUUCAUUAGGAAGUCUUGUGAGUUUUAAAACGCUAAUUUCAAGUAAAAACUCAAAGAAAUUAGUUUGUGAUAUUGUGAUAUUAUGUUUUAUGAAAACUCUUGUAUUAUAAAAUAUGUUUAACUAGUAAUCGAGUUGAAGCAGUUCCAUAAGCGGCACUUACCCAAGUAUUAACAUUUACGUUAGAAGCUAACGAAAUAAAUAUUGGUUUAUUUAUGCCAGUCUACUCCUUGCCUAUGCAUUCGCUAUUUUUGUCAUAGUGAAUACAGUAUACCUAUUUAUGUUACUACUAUUUUGUAAAUAUUGUGUUAUGAUGGGUAGAGUACUAUUUUUAAGCACAUUUUUUAUAGUUGGACAUGGUAAUUACAUUAUUUAUAGAACACAUGAGACCACAGAAAUUAAAAUAUCAUUUUUGUACACAAUAUCUCACUAAGUUUAAUUGCCAUGUACACUAGAAUAUUUUUUUUAGUUUUAUAUACACGUACUUUGAUAAUUUCACUGAAAUGUUUAGUGUUCAUUCACUGCCUUUUCCUCACUCUAAGUUUGUGUUAAAUGUGUGUAUAACUGCAAAUAUGAAAGCCUUUCAUUUUAUGAGAGGCUUGCAAGUAGUAUUUAUGGAAUGUAUUUAAAAGUGAAAAAUAAAACGAGUCAAAUGCAUAGCACUGUGUGUGAACACUGAAGUUGUAGAAAUUUGCUUGGCAUAAUGCAAUGUGUAUCAAACUUUAUACUGUAUGUUUCUCUCUCUUAUGCCAGUGUAUAUUACCUGCAUAUCUCUAGGAAGUUUUGUGUAUUUUUACUUAGCAUUGUUGCCAACAGGGGGUCCCCAACCUAUUUUCAAUGGGAAAAUAGGUUCUAAAGUUACAAAUUCAUAUUUGUUGAAAAAGAACAAUGAUCCUCAUGCAUAGGUUGGUGACCUUCUGUACAUGUUAUUGGGUACUAAUGAAGAUUCUUAUCCUUACCUAGACAGAAAAUGAAACAAGAGAAAUGUAUAUUUUGACCUCAGACCUUCUUCAGCAGGUCUGAGGACAAAAUUCCGUUUGCAGUUUGUUUGUUUUUUUUGACCCGUUUCAUUUUUUUGCCUAGGUAGUUUCUUUCAUCAAUGAAUGUUCAUAACACAUUAAUCCAAACACUGGACUGUAUCAUCUUCACCUGUAAACUUCACACUUUUUUUUCAUCUUUAUUGUACCCGAAAGUUCUCAUUGUAUGGAGGCUGUUCAUGAUUACCGUAUCACUGCUGUAUUGCUAGUCAGGUUUGCAUUGUUUUCACCUUAGUCUUUUUGUUAUUUAUUGUUAAGUAGAUGCUCAGUGAUUUUCUCCUUAAUCGAGAAAUCAUUAGUGACUGUGGGACCAAGGUCAGCGUCAAUUGCCAAGGAACUGUAUAUUAUUUUGUAAAUUUACUUUUUUCUUAUUUUAACGAAGAAUGAAAAGGCACAAUACUCAAAUAACCUGCGCACAGGAGGUUAAAAUUUAUGACGACUUUUCAGUCCAACUUGGACCAUCAACUAAAGACUACUUAUGGUCCAAGUCAAACUGAACUCUCAUCAUAACUUUGUCUCUUGUGCGGGUUAUUGCAUCAGUUCAGUAUAAUGUUAUUGCAUUUGAAGAGAGAAUAGAGGUAACAGUAAUUUUGGUAUGUUUUACAUUAGAUGUAAACAUUAAUAUAUUGAUAAAAAGUGUGGUGCACAAUCAAAAAGAGUUAAGAUCAUGUAGACAAUGACAUAAGUCCUUGUGUUUACACAGUACAUAUAGACAUUAACUAUUCAAUAACUUUUUUUUUUUUUUGUAAGAUGAGUGAAGUUUGGAAUAUUACAGAAAACCAUUGUAAUUUUCUAAAGCAAAUAUAAUAAUUACAGUACUAUAUUGAAAAUUAUAGUCAAUUUGUGAUUGUGUAGAUUAUAUGGGGUUAAAAUACACAAGUAUAUUUUAUAUGGAAUGUAGUACUGUAGUUACAAAAUGUGACUGUUCAGUAGGCAAGGUACACAAAUGAAAUUUUUUUUCAAAGUUAUAACUACUAUCAUAUAGAGGUGUGCACAUAACCAAAACACUAAACUAUAUUCAAAAAGAAAUACAGAUUUCACUUGCUCCAUUCAUCUUCAUUAUAUUUAUGGAUUAAACCUGGUUACCUCCUAUUUCCCCAGGUGCUGUAUGAUUACAAUCAUGUUAAACCCUUAAGGGUCAUACAGUGCUGUAUGAACCCUGCAGGUUUAGUGCUUACCCCAUGAAUGUAAUAUGUACAUUUAUGGGAAGGGGAGGUUCUAAACCCAUAGAGAUCAUAAUAUGCCUGGGGAAAAAAAAAAGGCAGUUGAGAUUUGACCCAAGGAAGUCAAUCCCUGGAUAUUUCGCUGGCAUCACCUUUAUAGUACAGUGAAUCAGAAAUCCUUGGCCUCAGCAAUUGCCUCGUGUGGGGCCCUGUUGUUUGCAAGAGUGCCUUAGCUAUUUUUCAUUCAUUUUCCUCUGAGUACUCAGUAAUGCUUCAUUAGAAGAGUAAUUCUACAUCGCUUCUGCUCUCUUGAUAUGCUUGCUUGCUUUGCUCUCCUCUCCAACAGCCAUAUUGUUGGCAUAGGCACUUUCUUGAAUGGUGCUGACUUACAUCAACUAUGGCACCCCCUCUGCUUCUGCACACACUUCUGAAAUAAGCAUCUUAUUAUUCAUUAUUGAAAGGGGUGAAUUGUACUUGACAACAGUAAAGGUGCAGAAAGUGUCGACUUAUUUUAUUCAUAGGGAAACACUAAACCCACAGGGCAUACAGCAAUUGGAGAAUGAAAGGUAGUUAGAUUUAAUCCAAGGAAGAGGAGGGCAACUUUCAAUUUCUUGAGUCUAUAAUCACCUGGAGCUGAAAACUAUUUAUAUAAAACACUGCUGGUGAGGGGCUCUUGAUCUAAAGAAUUAGACCUGUACUUUAAUUCUUUGAGUUUAAAUGCUUUUCAUUUCCCCCAGGCACUGUAUGACCCCUACUGGUUUAGUGCUCCCCACAAAUAUAACAAUAAUAUAUAAAGGAAAAAUAAACAAACAGUAUAAUGUGAUCCUUUGACAACAUUUCACCCACACAGUGGGCUUUAUCAAGUCACAUUGUCAAUAAAGAAUCACAUUAUAUUGCUUCUGUGUUUAUUUUUCCAUUUUCGGUAUUUUAUACCAUUUAUUUCCAAUAAUAUAUAAAACAUUUUGUUGUUAACUAUUAAUGCUGCCGUUUUAAUUUAUAAUAAAAUUUUAAGCAUUUUCCACUGACAUGCCAGAAACUGCUGGAUACAGUAUUUUAACUUAUAACACGAGUGCACUAUUGUUUUUUGCACUACCCUAAAUCUGCUCUUGUAUACAUAUUAUAAAAAACAUGCAGUUAGAAAUUACUGAAGUUGGAGAGAAGAAAAAUACAGUCAUUCCCCAUCCUACAUCAUUAAUUGGUUUCAGGAGCCAUGACGUAAACCAGGCGUAAUGCCUUAAAAUGACAAACGCCAUUAAACUAGCGUAAACAACUCACGAAAGAAUAUAACUAUUGUCAAACCUUAAAGAACACUAAAAAAAACAGUCCUAUUUUUUAAGGAAUAAUGAUGUAGGUGACGUAAAGUCAGACGUAAUGACAUUCGCUGAACUGAAAUUUACUCUAGAAAAGUGCCGUAUAGGUGAAUCUGAUGUAGGUGUGACUAUACAUUCGUACGUGUAGGGCAAGUCUCGGGAGAUGGCAAGAGUCUGUCCGGCUCUCACAAGAGUGAAAUAUACAGCCUCUCCUCACUUAACAACGCAGUUCCAUUCCUAAGACCGUCAUUAAACGAAUUCAUCGCUAAGUGAGAAGCAUACUGUAAUGGUAGUGGGUUUGUGUCAACCAUCUUUGAUAUUGUUUUAAUGUCGCCUUCGCAUCAUUUAUAACAUUUCUGGUAUAUUUUUAAAUGUUUAUACAAUAGUGUACUGUAUAUCGAAAUUAACAGAAUAGAGGAAAUCAGCUCUAAUAUACAUUAUUUAAAUACUGGUCAGAGAGCCCGUUGUAAGUCUGAGGCGUCAGUAAACGAGUACGUUGCUAAGUGAGGCGAGACUGUAUAUCGAGACUUGAAAAUAAGAAGUUUAAGAUAAUCAUUAGUUAAAUACUGUAUAUAAAAAGUAUAAAGGAUGAGAGCUAAAAAUACAGUAUACUACAUCAAGAUGCUUUGGCUGUGCAAAGAUAAUGACACAUAGUAGGAUGCAAAAGUUAAUUACAGUUAAAACUUUUGAAGAAUGAAUUAAAAAAAAUCUCAUAUAUGUCAGGAAAUAGUACAUAUAGUACUGUAUAUGCAAAACCUUCAAAGCUUUAAUAAGUAAAAAUCAACAUACAUUUCAUUUUGAUAAAAAAAAAAAUAAUAAUAGUUCCAAAUAGCACUACUGUACUCCUAAACAAGUUUUAGUGUUGAAACCUCAUUAAAGUACUUGCCAUAAUAUAUUUUUGUAUUAAUUAAAGCCUUAAUUUGUUUAACAUGGAGGAGGUGCUAAUUUUUUGGAAAAUAUUACAAACUAGGGUAAAAUUUUACUGAUGAAGAACAUGUACAUUUAGUCAAUCACAAAUAUUUAAAUUUUGAGGAUCUAAAUUUACUGCAAAAUUUCUCUGAUCAUUUAUUGUUAUAUAAUUAUUCUGGGUAGAGGUUUUUUUACUUAUUAUAUCUAAUGAGUUAAAAAUUUUCAUUCAAAUUACUGUUAUCUCGAAAUCAACCGCCACAUCAUGCAUUUUAUACUUCAUGUUUGUGUGAACUCUACAGUAAGCUACUAGCUUGACAUCUGACACUGCUUCUAUCCAACACAAAUUAAAUAAAUACACAAUUGCAGUACAGAAUACCCCUAAAAUAGUGACCUGUGAUUUUUACCUGUGACAGAUUUUAAGGGUCUUUCUACCCCCUGCAGCCUGGCCUGGCCUGGGGCCAAACUUCUCUGUUGAUUGCCUGUCAGCUAAUUGGUGGUCUGCUGGCCUACAUAGCUUAAUUAAUUUGGCACUUUAGAGAUAGUAAUCCAAUUUUCUCUUAAGACUUUUACACUUGUUCUGGCAAUAUUUCCAAUAUCUGCUGAUAGGUUGAAGAGUCUUGGGUCAUGAAUGUUGACAGUAUUUCCAUAUUGUGCCUAUGGCAUCCCUGCUUUACACUGGGUUUAUCCUGCAUCUCUUGCUAUUCAGUUAUGGCAGUGUGUAAAUUUGGGACCAGGUCCUUAUGUAUCUUCCAGUUGAUCUCCUUAAAUUUUAUACAAGUAAAUGCAUCUUAAACCUUGUAUAUAAUUGUAUAUAUCCUUUUUUAUAAACUGUAUUUGUAAUCCUUCUAUUAUACUACUUUUCAGACAUUAGAGUAGCUUUCAUAAAAGGGCUUGACAAUGAACUUUGGUUAAAUGUUCCAUUGGCACAUAAAUAAUGAAGCUGAGCUCAUAUGAAUAUAGUGGUGCAAAAAAUUAGGCAUGAGCUAAACAUAAUACAUUAGUAACUUUACAUCUUCUUUUACAAGACUUAUUUUUUUAAGAUAUCAAAACUAUGGGAUCUAGUAAUGGCACAGAGCAUAGUUACACUCCGACAUGUGCAUUUCAGGGCCAUUAUUAUUACAGUGUUAAAAUUGCUGUAGAGAAAUAAAAAUUGCCUAAAAAAAAAAAAAAGUUUCAAACAAACAGUACUUUCUACUCACCUCUUAUAGAAUGUUCUCUCUCAAUUGAGCAUUAGCUCUAUUGUAACACGUUCACUCAUUGUCAUCAUAUGGACGGGCAUCCUGCUCUAAUGCGCAAGGCUAGCCAAGUUUGUGGUAGCCAUCUAACCCUGCUGUUUAUUCUCUCAGCCUUCUUCUCUGAAAGUAUUAUACUGUCUUACUUCUCCAUUAGCAGCUCUGUUACAUAUUCUUUAAUAAAUAUUUUCUAAUUCUAUCUUGUCUAGCCCUUACUGUACUCAAUCUGCUGCACUUUUCUUUCAAUACUGUCAAUUGUGCAGUGUCAAAUGACUCAAGUUUAGUUUUAUUUAUGAUUGUUACUGACAAUGUUGUGACAAAAAUGGGCUUCAGUAUGUUAAUUGCGGGUAUCAAGUUAUAAAUUGUGUUAUGUGGGGAAACACAUUUCAAAUAAUAAAUAUGCAUUAAGAGUCUACUGUUACACCUUGAAAUUCACAUGUCAUAAAUUUCAUAAUUUGAUAUCUAAAUUUAUCCUCCUUUUACAGAGUAUUUUUGCCAGGCAAUAUUUUACACUUUCAUUGUCAAAAUCACUUUUUUUUUUUUUUGAAGCACUAACAGCCUUUGGCGUGUGGAUAAAUCCAUGUCACCCUUAACAUUUAAUAUUCUUAAAAACAUUCACUGAACUGAAUUAUAAGAUGCAGCCAGCACUGUAUUUCAGUUGAAACAUUAUGGCGUCUUUCUGCAGAUAUCUGUCAUUGCUUUGUACCUAUAAACCACUAAUUGGCAAAGCUGACAAAAUUGCAUCUAUAGCUUAAGAUUUGUCUAAAGUAGUGAUGAAGAUAUACUGCUAUUUAGUGUUUUUUUUUUUUUAACACUACUGCAAGGGGUUUACUUCCUCUGCAAAUUCAUUUGUUAAUAUUGUGUAGUUUACACUUGAAACAUAUACAGAGUACAUAUGUGGGUCAAUUUAGCUCAUGGCAGCAUUCAUAUACUUUGUAAACAUUAUUCUUAUAUUUUUUAUCUAAUAUAUUAUGACAUGAAGAAUCUUACUAUAUGUUGUACAAUACUGCAAAAGUCAAGUUGCUAUUCAUAUUCUCAGUGUAUCUGUAUCUUUAAAACUACCAAUUUCUAAGUGGUACAACUCAUUACAUGUUAGUAUAGUUAUUAGAAUGGGACUCAAAGCUUGAAAAAGAAUGAAUAUCACAAUCCACUUCAGGGUUGUCCUUCAACUGAAAAAUCUCGCCUUUCAUGCAAUGAUCUAAUUUACAAAUCCAGACACGCAUUAUGUGCAUCUCUAAUUUGUAUUUUAGUGCCUCAAAUUUUAACUUAAAGUAAAUAAUCUGGUUUACAUUUAAGAUUAUAAACACCUUGUAACAAUACGUUAGGUAAAAAGACACAAGUGCAAUUAAUGCAAUAUUUUAUUGUGGCAACUUUUAGCUUUCCAGGAGCUUUGUCAAGCUGUUACAUAACUGCUUGACAAAGCUCCUGGAGAGCAAAACGUUGCCACAGUAAAAUGUUGCAUUAGUUGCGCUUUUACCUAACAUAUUGUCAGUAAGUUUAUAUCAACAUUAUUACACCUUGUAACAGUUAAUUAUGCUAAUUAAAUUUUAUUACAGUACAGUAUUUAGAACUUUUGGUAUAAAGAAUCUAAGCUGAUGCCAAUUGUCUUAUGUCUUGCUAAAAUGCACUUGUUUAUACAGCUUUGGCUUAUGAGCUGGGGAGCCGGAAUGUUCUCUUCCACUAAAACAGUACAACUUGAAAGGUUUGUUGCCAAAUGCAGUAUCAAUUCCUCAAGUUGACUACAGUUUUUUUGUCUAUCUUAUUGCACCUCAAAUGUUCAUACUUGUAUUAAAACUCCAUUAAUUAACUGCUCCUAUUUUCUAUUGGUUCCCAGUACAAUUGACAAAUUGUAUUAAAACAGGAAAAAGUUAUUUAUCAACACUACCUUUUAGUAGAAGUUCCUUACUAGUGUACUAUUAUAUUCACAAAAAUGUGCUAAAUCAAUAAGAUUUAUACAAUGCUACAUGGCAAAGGGGUUACGACAUCAGAAAAAUAGGAAGUGCAUGAGAUUCCUUAAUAUGUAUAAUAAUAGAUGCCAGUACAUGACUUGAGAUGCACAUGCAGGAUGAGGUGACAGCAUCACCCUUGCUCUCUCGAAUUUGUGCCCAUAGGUUUAGUACAAUUUUGUGAAUAUGACAAUAAUCAAUCUGAAAGACUGAAGUACAGUAAUUUUUUUUUAAUCUUGUCAGACUUAGAGGCUAGAGGAUCUUAAUGGUGAUAACCAAGUGAUGGUUAUUUUAGAUGUUUUUUUAAGAACUGUGCAUACAUAAAUAUAAUAAUAUAAGUGUGAGUCUGUACAGGGAAGCAAAAGUGCAGUUUGUAUAUUUUGUGUUUUAUUAUUUAAUUAUGCAGUAAUUAUGUGAGCAUUUUUGCUGAGGUUAUUCCACGAUUGCUUAUUUGAUGCCUGUGUAUAUAUAUUAGGUGUAUGUCUAAAUAAAAAUUCAUAUCCUAA